GAAAAGGCCCUAAGCGCAGAAGUCAUGGCUGCUCCCAUGACGAGGUUGCGAGCGCCCUUUCAGCGGCUCAUGUGCCACUGCUUUCAGCGAGAACAGGCCUUGCUUGACCCAGCUGUGCAGUGCCACUUGCCAUCUCUAAUCCUGCUCCGGACUAAGAAGCGCUAUUACGUUCCAAAAACUGAUGAUGCAAAAAAGCACACCGUUGAUUAUGAGGCACGGGCCCGAGCAGCUGGAAUAGUUGUUCAGCAGGAGUACAUGGAGAGAGCUAUCAACAUUGCUUGCACUGCUGGAAUCUUUGAUCCCUACAUUCCACCAGAGGGUGAUGCUCGACUCUCAAAGCUCUCCAAGGAAGGACUGAAACAGCGCACAGAACAACUUAAACAGAGUGCCGCAUCGCAGUUAGCGAUACGGAAGAUAAGGGAACAUGAUCCAAAGUUCAGCACCAAGGAGUUUCCAGAUAGAGCACUGGAGAUCUUUAUAGAGGCUCAAACUGCUCUAGCACAGUUCAACAAGGAGAGGCUGCACAAGCUGGUGACAGAGAGAUGUUAUCCUGAUAUGGUGAGGGGUAACCGCUACAAGACAAUACGCUGGCAGUUUCUGGAGUCUCUUGAGCCCCCUCGUGUUGUACACGCUCGCUGUCCAGACAUGGUUAGCAAAGGAAACCUUUAUGGGCAAGUGACAUUGCGUAUGCAUUACAAACAGACUGUGGCUAUCUACGAUCGUUUUGGAAGGCUGAUGCUGGGGGAUGAAAAUGAGCCACGGGAUGCCCUGGAGUAUGUUGUUUUUGAAAGGCACCUGAAAAACCCCUACGGUACUUGGAGACUCCAUGGCAAGAUCAUCCCUAGUUGGGCACCACCCAAGGAUCCCAUCAUCAAGACCCUCAUGAUUCCUGGCCCACAACUGAAGCCCUGGGAGGAGUUUAACAGCCAUGAGCAUGAAAAGUCCACAGCCAAAGCAGUGUAGCAGCCCAAGUAGUCUCUGAAAGUUGGUGUCAGUCAGCUUUAUCUUUUUCUCAAUAAAUUCAGUCUUUAUGUUCAUUCAUUCA